AUGAGCCCUGAUCCCAUGAUUGAAUUUUCUUCUUCUUGCCGGUCGGAUAACCCCGGAAGAAAAGGCAGCCAGGGGUGCAUCACAGCGUUCCUGCAGGCGACCACUGCCUGUGGCCCAAGAUGCCCGAAAGAGGCAAUCACGGAGACGGCGCCGACGGGGAGAGAUCAAGAGCACCAGCAACGAUCGAUUUCAGCAAUCCAUCCUCGGGCCGCCGCCAUUGGGCCGCUUGCGAUAUGGCGAGAUUCGACGGCAGAUGGUUCGACAGCCGGAAGCCGGAGAAAGAAAAACACGAGACGAUUGGAAAGCCAUUGGAAAUCGAUUGUCAAUUGCAGUCAAUCAACGCCUCAUUUUGCUGAACUGCGGUCACCUGCCCACGAAAACGAAGCGCUUCGAAUCGGAACGUCGAGACGGGGCCUUGGCGUCUGGCCGCCGGGACGAUUCGGGGACCAGAGCUGGCGCUGUCAGGGGCUGGCCGGGCAAAGGGCUCUAGCGGCUGGCGGCCCCGCAGUGCACUCGCCCAGGUGCUGGGGCGCUGCAGCUGGUGCUGAGCCCCCUGACUGGACGCCGGACUGCAGCGCGGCCCAGCGCUCCCACCGCCCUGGAGCUGCUCCAAUUCCCCAGAGCUGCCCCCACUGCAGGCUGGGCGGCACAGGGGGGCACGAGAGCCGCCUGACAGAGUCAACCGCGCAGGAUGGAGCAGUGGUAAUUACUUGGUGCUCCGUGCUAUACGCAGACGCAUCACGGGGCAUCCGGCGGCAGUUUGAAGGGGCAAAUGGCAUGAGCAGCAGAGACACAGAGACGAGCCUGGCCGCCGUGAUGCGGGGAGUGCUUCCAUAA